AUGGCAAAGGACUUGGAGGUGCAAGAGGGUGGAGCAUCGGCGGCGAGAGAUUACCAGGAUCCACCUCCGGCGCCAUUGUUUGACAUGGAGGAGCUUGGGAAAUGGUCGCUCUAUAGAGCGGUCAUAGCUGAGUUCGUGGCAACACUUCUCUUCCUUUACGUCUCAAUCCUCACCGUAAUCGGCUACAAAGCUCAGACCGACGCAAACGCCGGAGGAGUUGAUUGCGGUGGCGUUGGGAUAUUGGGUAUUGCGUGGGCUUUCGGUGGAAUGAUCUUUGUUCUCGUUUACUGUACCGCCGGUAUCUCCGGUACGUAA